UGCGGCGGCCAUGGAGAAUAGAUCGGGGACUUCUCAAACCGUCCUGCUGAUGUGAUUGAUAUUGUUGGAUUGUUUUCAUGCAGCUGACACGUUGCGGCUUGUAGCGUGAGGCGUUUGGAUCUGUAGCCGCCGGUCGCCGCUCGGUUGUGGUGAUUUCUCUGUUUUGUAUUUUGAAUUUUCUUCUUCUUUUUUUUUUUGGAUUUGUGUUUUGUUGGAUCGGUUGAUGUGAUGUCGGGCCCGUCGCUCUGCCUUGUAGGUGAAGUCACUCCCUAGUAAUGUAGCUUCGGGUUAUAGCACUGAUAGACCAAUCACUGAAGGUGUUGCUGUGUGAACGAUGCACGAGCGAUGUCUGAUGUUGAGGCCACGUAUGCGGACUUCAUUGCCUCUGGCAGGACGGGACGGAGGAACGCCCUGCACGACAUCCUGCAGAGUCCCACCGACCCCGAGGGACGAGAGCUGCCCCUCACCCUGUCCCUGUCCCAGCUGCACAUCAACGCGGGAGGGGGAGAGGGAGACGACACAGAGGACAGCCAGAGCUCCUCCUCCUCAGCGCAGAGGGAGGCUGAGCAGAGGAACAGCUAACCUUCACGUGUGACGUGUGUGUUCUGUGUGAUGAAUCGGUUUUGCUAAAGUGGGCUGGUAGCCGAAGGGUAGCACCGCCACUGCUGAGGUGCCUAUAAGCAGGGCAUUGACACCCAAAAACCACUGUAGAGGCGCUGUGCUGCGAUGUGAUCAUCCGGCGCUCUCAUGUCCCUGUGGCUCUGCUGUGCAAUAGAAUAACAGACUGAUUGCAGGGUGUUUUUUGUUUUUUUUCAGAGCCGGUGUGAGCAGAAGGACAAAUUUGUAGCUCUUGUAAAGUUGAUUUUACUUUCAGUCUUAGUUACUAAACACACAGGUUGGAUGACUGGGGAUGAAAAGAGAAAAUAGACAGAGAUCCUAUGUGAGUUUUGUAGUAGUGUAAGCAAUUUGUGAGACCACUGAGACGUGCUGAUGUAAUGGGUCACAGUGGGAGUCGCAUGUUUGUAGAGGUAGUGAAGCUGAUACAGAUUAUAUUGCCAGUUAAUGGCUUGUGCUUCUUUUAAAGUGACAAUACUAUGGAGGGAAUUGAACUACUCAGCUGUAGUAGAGCUGGAAAACAACCAUGAACAAAAACACGGCACUGUGUUUGCUGAAAAUCCAGAUGUGUACUGUAUGUGAAACUGGACUAUCCUGUAGAAAGCAGCAGAUUGUAGCACUGGGGAGGUGUGACACCAACAAUACAUGUACAGUCAGUAAGGAUGACAUAUUUAAUGGUUCAGUUGUUAAAAAAAAAAAAGAAAAAAAAAAGAAAUGAUGAUGGUGUACUACUGUAUCUUUUAAAAUGUUAAUACUUUGUUUUUUACUUUUCUAAUGAUGCCAUUAUAACCACAACCUUAAAGCUGAGAAUUAGAUGAGAAAGACUGAUGCCACUCUCAUGUCAGUAUUCUCAAUAUGUAGCUAGAGUUAGCUGAAGGCUAGUUUAGCUUAGCAUAAAGACUGGGAACAAGGGGAAACAGCUAGCCUGGAUAUAUCUGAAGGUAACAAAAACCACCAGCAACUCUAAAGUUAGCUAAUUAGCAUGUUAUAUAUAAUUUUGUAAGAUUUAAUUAAUUCAUAACAAAAACUGAAGUUAAUACGGUGGCCCUGAGAGCUCAAUACAUCAUACUGCAACUUAAGGAAACACAUGCAGAUAGACAAGACACAAGCAAAUAUAGAAAACAUCAUCAAUUUGAUAACACAUGCUCUGCAAAUACACACAACACAACCAAAUACAGA